AAGUAACGAAGAAGACAAACGAACCAAUAGGAGCUGAGAUGUUCAUGUUUUUGAAUGAGACGCGGUUGAUGGCAGCUGAAACGACAGUCGUUCGGUACAUUUAUUUGUGCUUUUUUUCUGCGUUGAAGUUGUUGAUUAAUAACCUUUCAAAGUUUUGAAGGUCCUCAUCUUCAGAGUAAUGUCCUCCAGGAAGUUGAGUUCCAGUAGGGAGGUCCAGCCUUCCAGUAGACAUGGAGAGCGCACACCCCUUCGAAGCCUGGACAAUGAAAUCCUACACUUUUCAACUCCGUCAUCUGAACUCAAGACAGGUUGGAAAUUCUCCUCUGAAGCUGCAAGAACAGCAAUGGGGAGUUUUUCGCCAGAAUUUCACUUGAAUUCCCCUGCAUUUACAAAAACAACACAAAGCAGUCCUCAUGUUGAAUGUGGACCUGAAGACGUCACAUUCAAAUCCUUCAUGUGCGCCGGUGGUGAGGUUGAGAUUCCAGAGUCUUCGGUUUGCCACCAGGCGAGUAUUAUUUUGCCUACCCUUGCAGACACUUGCUGCAGUGAGACCAACGAUACGAUCCCCUGUCCCAGCGUGAUGGAGCAGUCCUACUGUGACCACGCAGAACACCCCUACUGCAACCCCAACAUGGACAAAACCCGCUCUGUCCUCGUCGGCUCACCAAGUCUCGGUGAAACUCCCACUCGAGUGUCCUUUGACGACACCAGUGACGGACUUCCGAACACGGGAAGUGAAGAUCCUCAUGUUACUUUGAAAUCCUUUAACUGCCAUGGAGGUGAGGUGGAAGUUUCAGAUGCCACCAAGUUACAAGAUAAGACCAUUCCACUGCCCCCAGAGCUGGGUUCAUUAGAGGACCACAGCACAACAAUCGCUAACUUGUCUAUUUGUACUCAUUUAUGCCAAGAAGAACAUGCUGAUCACCCAUACUGUAUAAAAGAAGAUUGUUCCCUCACUGAAACCACUGGUGCUUCUGAACAGCCUGGAAGCAAAGAGUUACCUUCUAAAAUGUUCACCUGUGGUGAAGACGAGAUUCUAAUCUCAGAAGAUGAGAAGAAUAUUCUCCAUUUGCCAGCAGUUUCCAGUAAAGAAUCCUCUAAUGAUGAUAUGGAUUCAAGCGUUUUGGCUUCAGAACACGAUUCGCAAAGUGAUUAUCUACCCUGCUGCGCUCCAAAGGAUUCCUCAUCUCAACAUGAACAGAUAUUCUCCAACCUGGAAAUACUGCGCAGUUCUGGAGCUUUUGGAGACGAACAUCUGGAUGGGACGCUCCCUAACGUCCAAGGAGACCCGGAUGAAGCUGGGAGCCUCAAAGCUGGGAAAGCAGCGGACGACUCAUCUAGUUUACCUGAACAGAAUCCAAUUGAAAAGGAAGGUGUAGACGAUGAUGGUGAUUCAUCGGUUUUUAAUGAAUCCAUGAACAAAUGGACUCCUGGGGCUUUACUCUGUGAAGUCAUGGACCGUGAGGUGACAGACAUGACGGUAACGCAUCCUUCAGCGCUCCCUGGAUCCACAGAGAGUUUUGUGGAUCAUUCAGCAGCACAGGACGUUAAUGCCUCACACAGUUCCUCCGAAUCCAGUGAUGUAAAAGACAGCGCCAUCAGCUCAUCAUCUGCUAACACUCCGUUUCUGUGCAACUCUACGGAAAAACCUUUGAAGAACACUCCUGCUGUUCUGAAAGUCCUGUCAGAGUGUCACUCUCUUGCUUCAGCUUUGAAGUUGGGGAUCCUCAGUCCUAUUGUCAAGAGAGCAUCUCUUUCUUUACUGAAGGCGAGUGAACAGAUCACCAAAGACAAACACUUGGCAGACGAUUCUGUUUUUGAGGUGGACAAGAGCUUGGUUGCCCCGUCUGGGUUAUGUGCGGAGUACUUGGAGAGCCCGAUGCCCCGCCCUCUUUUCAACUCCACUGUACUAUUCCACAAAUUCUCACCACCUUUAACCACAGUGCAAGAGGGCGACUCAGGAAAGGAGUCGUGUGCCGAGCCUCAGCCUGAAGUCAAGCAGCCCAGCGAGGAGAUUCCAUUGAUUCCUGAGGGACAGCUUCAGCAGCAGCUCCUGCAGAUGGCACAGUUCCUCAUCCUGGCAUGUGAAAAGAUGGGUCCUACUGCCGCAUCCACCUCUGCCCCACCACUACAGAGAGCUACACCUGCAGAGUCCCUGAGUGUCUGUGUGGGCACCAGUCCGGUCAAACUGGUGGACUGCAGUCUUAACACAUCUGGGCUGUUUGAGAGGAAAAGAGAGUUCUCUGUCACAGACUCGUGCACCCUGACUGAACCCCUCCUGUGGAAUUUACCUCCAGGCAGCUUGGAGAGUCUGCCCAGACAAGAGCUGGAGCAGAGGCUGAGGUCCAGCACCAUCAUGGUGGAGGCUCUGGUCCAACAGCUGGCUGCAGCCCGGGCUCACGGGGGUGUCUGCACAGGCACUGCUCCCUCAGACCUCAGAGAGAAGCUGGUGCAGACGGACCACACCGAACUCAACCAGACAACGAUGUACAGAGACUUGUAUCUGGAGGCUUUAAGCAGGAUUGAGAAGCUGGAGCUUGAUGGAGAGUCCCUGCAGACUCUCCUGAGUUCUUUGGGUGAUGUGAGGACGACCAUGGCAGAUUUGGCUGGAGAGACAGACGCUGCCCUCUCCAGCAUGAAAAAAAUGACGGUCAAUGUCAGAGCAGACCACCAGAGCCUCCUUUCACAUUAUGGACAGAUGAAGGCUCUUCUUCUCAAAUCCAAGGAGUCUCAGAUGAGAACGAUGGAGAAAGUGAAAGAAGUUAUUUCCCAAAGAAACGACAUGAGGACUCAAAUGGAAGAAGCUUUCACAGCCAAGGAAGCUGCCUUCAGUGCGAUGGAGCAGUUGAGGAUACAUUGUUCUGCAGAAAUCUCUGCUUUGGAGGAGAGUGUAGGAUCUCAGCAACAGCUCAUGGCCGCCCUAAAUCAAACCUAUCCUGAGCAGGUUGCAUUAAACAAGACUUGUAGUGAAACACUAAAAUCCACCAACGAGCUUUUGUGCCAAACUAGGGAUGAGCACUCAAGUCUGAUGAGUGAGCUUUGGAGAGUCCAAAAGCUUCUGCAGAGAACUAUUCCCAUGCUUCUGAGGCUGAAGGAGACGACUGCUGAUGCUUUGAAGGAGCGUGAUGAACUCGUUUCUGCAAGAGAUGAAGCCAACAUGGAGAAAGAGCAGAUGGAAGAAGAACUGAAGGAAACGUGUGUGAAUCUCCAAGAUGCCAAACAACAGAUUGGGGAUUUGAACCUUCAGAUAACCAUCCUCACAUCAGAAAUGGGAGUUUUAAGGCAGAAGCUAACCGAGGAGGAGGAGGAGAAGGCUCAGCUGGACAGGAAGGUGACAGAGUUGUCCGCCACCAUUUCCUCCACACUGGCCUCCUAUACUUUCUUGGAACAAGCUUUGGCAGCUGAAACUGAUAAAUUGCAGCUGUCAUGGAAAGAAAUCCAGCAAGCAAAUGAGAGAGCCAAUCAGUUGGAGGCGUCUCUGGGUGAUUCAGAGCAGCGUGUCUGCGAGCUGAGUCAGACUCUGGCUCACAGAGAGGAGCAGCUCAGUCAGCUGCAGAGCCUCUCGCAGUCUCAGGGUUUGCAGAUCCAGCAGCUGCAAGAUACUUGUGCACAACUCUGCAACGUGAAGGAGAUAAAUGAGUUUCUGGAGAUGGAGAAUGUUCUGCUGCGGGAGCAGGUGGCCGAGAGCGAAAGUCUGCUCAGGACUAACACGCAAAGUCUGUGGGAGAGAAACAUCCAGUGUGAGGACCUGAGGGGAGAAGUUGGAAAACUUCAGACGGAGAACCAACAACUGCAUGAUCAAAUCAUGGUGUCAAAAUCUGCAGCCAAUUCAGUCCGGCAGGAAUUUGAGGAGAAAAUGGCCCAAGCCGUCACCGAAAUCACUUUGUUGCACCACACGCUGCGAGGUGUGACCAAUGAGCUGCACGCUGCCCUCAGCAACCAGAACCGAGAGCCUCAGAAGAACAUUGAGCCCGGCCCCCCCUCCAGCUCUUUUGUCAGCAGCAUCAUGGGAGCGCUAACAGCCGAGCAACAGAUCGACACCAGAACGGAGCAACCUGCUGGAUCAGAGUCGUCAGACAAACCCGAUUCCAAUGGUGAAGCUUUUUUCAGCGAGACCAGCGCCUUCACUCGUGUUGGAACACGCAAGCAGAGCACGAAGGCAGAGGAGGAGGAGGAGCAGAGCAGUGUGGCUGACCUUCUGUCGGGUCUGGGCUGCACCGUCGCAGAGCUCGCCGCCGCGCUCAAGUCGGUCCUGGAACAAAAAGAUGCUCUGCUGGAGGAGCUGCAGAGGAGGAUUUGCAGCCUGCAGGUGGAGCAACAGACUACAGCCAACAAGCAUGAAGCUGAAGUUCUGGAGCUCACGCUUCAGCUGGGCCGGCUCAAUAACUUGGUUGAAAAGGGAAACCAGGCUCUGCAGCAGAAAGCUCAGGAUGAGAAAACUUUAAAUAAGCUGGUGGCAGAUGUUCAAGAGGCCCAGGAAAUUCUCAGCAAACAUAAGAACGACAAUAACGAGCUGCGAAGGGACGUCACCGAGCUACGGCGCUCUCUCCAGGAGUCCAGGGUUGAGAGUCAGUUCCUGCGAGAGGAGCUGAAGAAGGCAGGAGGCCAGUCGUCUUACCCAGCACAUUACAUGGAAGAGAAGAUCCAGUUAUUGAAAGAGGUGGAAAGACUGAAGGUGAGACUUCAGGAAGCCGAUCAGGCUCGAGGGAAACUCCUCGAAAGAGCAAAGAGACACCAAAUCAUCCAUCAAACUAACCAGCAAAAAAGCGAGAACGAGCUUCAGAUAUUGAACAGCAUGAUCAAUAAAGUCAGAGAGACGCUCCUGUCUUUGCCAGAUGUUGUGCAGAAAUGUGACCAGCUCCGACAGCUGGCUGAAUACAUCGGCUGAUUUGUUUAUGACUUUGAUCUGUUCGGAUUAUUUAUAGUGAACCUUUCAUGUGUGUUAUAUUUAGUUUCAAUAAAGUUAUUUGUUUUUGUCUCCAAA